UACUGGGAGACCAGACCCAGGAUUCAUACAACUUGAUCAUCUUAUACAUUUUUGGUAUUUAUUUUUUAUCAAGUAACACUUUGAAAAAAGAAUUGACUCAUUUGCCGGCAGGGGAUUUAAAACUAGAAUCCAUCCUUCCCAAUGCCUAAAAAUAGCAAAGUGGUAAAAAGAGAAUUAGAUGAUGAGGUUAUUGAGUCUGUCAAAGACCUUCUUUCCAAUGAAGACUCAGCUGAUGAAGCUUUUAAGAAGAGUGAACUCAUUGUUGAUGCCCAGGAAGAAAAAGACAUAGAUACCAAAGAAGGCUCAGAAGUGGAAGAUGAAAGACCAGUGUGGAGCAGUAAAUUACAGUACAUUCUGGCUCAAGUGGGAUUUUCUGUAGGUUUAGGGAAUGUGUGGCGAUUCCCCUACCUCUGCCAGAAGAAUGGGGGUGGUGCUUAUCUUUUGCCAUAUUUAAUAUUGCUUCUGAUAAUAGGAAUACCCCUCUUCUUUUUGGAACUUUCUGUGGGUCAAAGAAUUCGGCGGGGCAGCAUUGGUGUAUGGAAUUAUAUAAGCCCUAAAUUGGGCGGAAUUGGAUUUGCAAGCUGUGUAGUGUGCUAUUUUGUGGCACUCUACUAUAAUGUCAUUAUUGGCUGGAGUUUGUUUUAUUUUUCUCAGUCAUUUCAAAAUCCUCUACCUUGGUAUCAGUGCCCUUUGGUGAAAAAUGCUUCAUUCGCUUUUGUAGAGCCUGAAUGUGAAAAAAGUUCUGCCACUACUUACUACUGGUAUAGAGAAGCUCUGAAUAUUUCCAGUUCCAUUUCCGAAAGUGGCGGCUUAAACUGGAAGAUGACCAUCUGUCUGCUGGCUGCCUGGGUCAUGGUCUGCUUGGCUAUGAUCAAAGGCAUUCAGUCUUCAGGAAAAGUCAUGUAUUUCAGUUCUCUAUUCCCCUAUGUGGUCCUUUUUUGCUUUCUGAUCAGAGCAUUUCUGUUAAAAGGUUCCCUUGAUGGUAUCCGUCAUAUGUUUACCCCCAAGAUUGAAAUAAUGCUGGAUCCCAAGGUGUGGAAAGAAGCCGCCACCCAGGUGUUCUUUGCCUUAGGUCUGGGAUUUGGGGGCGUCAUUGCCUUUUCAAGCUACAACAAGAGAGACAACAACUGCCACUUUGAUGCUGUCCUGGUGUCCUUCAUUAAUUUCUUCACUUCCGUGCUGGCCACACUGGUGGUGUUUGCAGUGCUGGGCUUCAAAGCUAAUGUAGCCAAUGAGAAAUGCAUUGCUGAAAAUGCAGAAAUGAUCAUGGGAUUUGUGAAAAUGGGCAAUCUUAGUCAGGAUAUUAUUCCUCAUCACAUCCAACUUUCUGCUCUCACAGCAGAAGAUUAUCAUUUAGUUUAUGACAUUAUUCAGAAAGUGAAAGAAAACGAGUUCCCUGCUCUUCAUCUCAAUCCCUGUCAAAUUAAUGAUGAGUUUAAUAAAACAGUUCAAGGUCCUGGAUUAGCUUUUAUUGCCUUUACUGAAGCCAUGACACAUUUCCCAGGAUCUCCCUUCUGGUCAGUGAUGUUCUUCCUCAUGCUCAUAAACCUUGGUCUUGGCAGCAUGUUUGGAACAAUCGAAGGCAUCAUCACACCCAUUGUGGACACCUUUAAAGUGAGGAAGGAAAUUUUUACUGUGGUCUGUUGUUUUUUGGCAUUUUUUAUUGGCCUGAUAUUUGUGCAAUGCUCUGGAAAUUACUUUGUCACCAUGUUUGAUGAUUAUUCUGCUACUCUGCCUUUGCUCAUUGUUGUGAUUUUGGAGAACAUUGCUGUAUCCUUCAUUUACGGCAUAGAUAAGUUUAUGGAGGACCUAAAAGAUAUGCUGGGCUUUGCACCAAACAGAUAUUACUAUUAUAUGUGGAAAUACAUUUCUCCUCUAGUGCUAAUAUUACUGUUAAUAUCUAGUGUUGUGAACAUGGGAUUAAGCCCACCUGGCUAUAAAGCAUGGAUUGAAGAGAAGGCAGCUGAAAAAUUUCUUAUGUACCCAGUGUGGGGAGUAGCUGUGUGUGUCUCUCUAAUAGUCUUGGCAAUACUCCCAGUCCCAGUGGUCUUCGUCAUUCGCCAUUGCAAUCUUUUAAAUAAUUCUUCAGGGAAUUUAGCCACAGUGACCUACAAGAGAGGCAGAGUCCUGAAGGAACCCGUCCACUUAGUUGGCGAUGAUGCCACUAGACUCAUUCAUGGGAAGAUACCAAGCGAGACAUCGUCCCCACAUUUUGGUCAUAAUAUCUACAGGAAACAGAGUGGAUCUCCAACUUUGGACAUGGCCCCCAAUGGACGAUAUGGGAUAGGCUACCUGAUGGCAGAUAUACCAGAUAUGCCAGAGUCUGAUUUGUAGCUUAGGUGGAUGUCAGUGGGAGUUACAGUGGAGGUUCAUUUUUAUCAAUGAACUCUGGCACUUCACUUAGAGAAAUAAUAGGCUUUGCUUCUAAGAUGGUGAUCUCAGGUGUUCCAUGGCUGUGCUCUUUAGCCCUAAGUAUCUGGAAAUACAGCUCAGAUAUUCCUUUGAACUCCUUUGGUUUACAUUUGUACACACAUAAAUACAGGCUAAGUUGAUAAGGAAUGAGGUCCAUUCGUGUUUGUCAGAAUUUUUAAAAAUACUUUCAAUGUUUUUGCCAACCUUUCUAUCUUUACAUACAUACACACACCAGUUAUUACCUCAGUUUCAAAGAGUUUUUGGAUGUAACAGUAUUGGCAAUUUAAAAAUAAUAUACUUAAAUCUUUUUUUCAAGUUUACCUUCUGGGUAAAUUUUCAGUAUUGCAGCAAACAGUUCUGUAAAUUGGUGCCUGUCAGCAUAUUUUUAUGAACAUAUUGUAUGUGGGCUGUACUUAUUUUGUUAGCAUUGAUACCUUCUAAAGUAGUUGAUCGAGGGAAAUGCAAACUAUUUUCUUAUGUGAUAGCUGUAGAGAGCAAUAGUAUUCAUAGGAAGGCACUAAUGCUGGGAGGAAGUUAGAUUUGGAG